UUGAAGUUGGAAAAUUUCGUGAAAUGUGUCAUAUUUGAAUAUUAAAUAAAUUAACUAAUUGUGCACUAAUAAUAAUAGGAGAAAAAUGCCGCCUAAGAAAGUAGAAGAACCUGAACGAAAACCAUUGAUUGGUCGAGUGGGUACAAACUUAAGAGUUGGAAUUGUUGGUGUGCCUAAUGUAGGAAAAUCUACCUUUUUUAAUGUGCUGACCAAAAGUCAAGCUGCUGCUGAGAAUUUUCCAUUUUGCACAAUUGAUCCAAAUGAAAGUCGUGUUCCAGUUCCUGAUGAGCGAUACGAUUAUCUGUGCCAAUACUUUAAACCAGCCAGCAAAGUACCAGCAUUUUUAAACGUAGUGGACAUUGCAGGUUUGGUUAAAGGCGCUUCGGAAGGACAAGGAUUGGGAAAUGCCUUCUUAUCACACAUCAGUGCAUGCGAUGCUAUUUUCCAUUUAUGUAGAGCUUUUGACGACGAUGAUGUAACGCACGUCGAAGGAGAAGUGGAUCCAGUACGAGACUUAUCAAUUAUUGCGGAAGAAUUGAGGCUAAAGGAUGAAGAAAAUUUAAUGGCAAAAUUGGAUAAACUGGAAAAAACAGUUGGUCGAGGAGGAGAUAAAAAACUCAAACCGGAAUAUGAGGCUCUACUUCGUAUUAAAGCCGUAUUAGUUGAUGAAAAGAAACACAUUAGAUUUGCAGACUGGAGCGCUAAUGAUAUUGAAAUUUUGAAUAAACAUUUAUUCUUAACGUCCAAACCUUGCAUUUAUUUGGUCAAUCUUUCAGAGAAGGAUUAUAUACGCAAGAAAAAUAAAUGGUUAAUUAAAAUCAAGGAUUGGGUCGAUAAAAACGACCCUGGGUCUAUUAUUAUUCCAUUUUCUGGAGUUCUAGAAUAUAAAUUGAUGGAAAUGGAAGAACCUGAAAGAAAAAAGUAUAUGGAAGAUAACAAUUGUUCCAGCAUUUUAGAAAAAAUAAUAGUUCAAGGCUACAAAGCCUUGCAAUUGGAAUACUUUUUCACAUCAGGAGCUGAUGAAGUAAAAGCCUGGACCAUUCAAAAAGGUACCAAAGCACCGCAAGCUGCUGGUCGCAUUCACACUGAUUUUGAAAAAGGUUUUAUAAUGGCAGAAGUAAUGCAUUUUAAAGAUUUCAAAGAAGAAGGUAGUGAGGCAGCAUGCAAAGCAGCAGGAAAAUAUAGACAACAGGGUCGGAAUUACACAGUGGAGGAUGGCGAUAUAAUUUUCUUUAAAUUCAAUGCUGGGGCUGGUUUGCAAGCAAAGAAGAAAUGAUUUAUUUUUGUAAUUAUGGUGUCUUGCACUUACUCUGGUUUAUGUGAGACUCUAUUACUGAUCAUGUUGAGUGUUUAUGUAUCUUUAAACUUUGAAUGUAACUCUUCUGCAAAAAAUAUAUUUCUUGCUUC